AUGCCGCAAGGAACCAUGAAGGCUCUCUGGUACAACAAGCCCCAGGACUUCGAGAUUAAGCAGGUGCCGAUCCCGCAACCCAAGGAUAACGAGGUCCUGUUGAAAGUUACCGCAUGUGGUGUGUGCGGUACGGACGGCCACAUCCACGACGGCGAGUUUAUCUCUACGUUCCCGCUUAUCCCCGGUCAUGAAGCAAUCGGGAAGGUCGUCGAGAUGGGCAAGGAUGUGAAGGGUUUCGAGCUGGGCGAUCGCUGUGUCGCGGAUGUCGGCGAGACUUGCGAGAACUGCUUCUACUGCCGCCGUGGCGCACAACUCAUGUGCGAGAACUUCUCUGCGCGUGGUGUCACCGCCGAUGGUGGUUUCGCCGAGUACAUCGUUUACCCUCAACAUAAGCUGUACAAGAUCAAGAACAUCUCUGACGAGGAGGCAACGCUUCUCGAGCCGGCAGCAUGCGCGAUCCACGGUCUUGACAAGCUGAACCCUCCCGUCGGCACGGAGGUUCUCCUUCUCGGCGCCGGCCCGACCGGCCUUAUCCUCGCCCAAUUGCUCAAGAACAACGGCGCACAUCGCGUAGUUCUCGCCGCAAACAAGGGUAUCAAGAUGGACCUUGCCAAGCAGCUCAACGCCGCAGACGAGUACAUCGAGCUCGACAGGCAGAACCCUGAAGCGCAGUGGCAGAAGCUCAAGGACGACAACCCUUACGGUUUCGACAUCGUCGUUGAAGCGACCGGUGUUGAGAAGCUCGCGAACGAGAGUAUCAACUACGUUCGUCGCGGCGGUACUCUCAUGAUCUACGGUGUCUACGAGAACAAGGCGCUCGUCCACUGGCCGCCAUCCAAGAUCUUCGGUGACGAGAUCAACAUUAUUGGCUCGUUCUCGCAGACGUACUGCUUCCCUCGUGCCGUCGCCUACCUCGACAGCGGCAAGAUCAACGUCAAGGGCAUGGUCACCGACGUCUUCAAGCUCGAGGACUACCAAAAGGCGCUCGACAAGAUGAACAGCCGCAGCGCGCUCAAGAUCUGCAUCAAGCCCUGA